UGUCUGGAGAUGACAACAAAGAGGAAACUUAUUGGCCGCCUGGUGCCCUGCCGAUGUUUCCGGGGUGAAGAAGAAGUCAUCUCGGUGCUGGAUUAUUCCCAUUGCAGCCUUCAACAUGUACCAAAGGAGAUAUUCAAUUUUGAACGAUCUUUGGAAGAACUUUACUUGGAUGCAAAUCAGAUAGAAGAGCUCCCCAAGCAAUUGUUCAACUGCCAAGCCCUCCGCAAACUAAGUGUUCCAGACAAUGAUCUUUCCAAUCUGCCCACCAGCAUCGCCAGCUUGGUGAAUCUAAGAGAACUAGACAUCAGCAAAAAUGGUAUUCAAGAUUUUCCAGAAAAUAUUAAAUGCUGUAAAUACUUAUCAGUCAUCGAAGCCAGUGUUAAUCCCAUUUCCAAACUUCCAGAUGGAUUCACCCAACUGUUGAAUUUAAUGCAGCUCUACUUAAAUGAUGCAUUUCUGGAAUUUCUUCCAGCUAAUUUUGGAAGACUUACCAAGCUGCGCAUUCUGGAGCUCAGAGAGAAUCAUCUGAAAACUCUACCAAAGUCAAUGCACAGACUGACACAAAUUGAUCGAUUGGACCUGGGUAGUAAUGAAUUUACAGAACUGCCAGAAGUUCUGGAACAGCUGCAAAGUCUGAGGGAGCUAUGGAUGGACAAUAACUCAAUACAAACGUUACCUGGGCCUCUUGCAAAGUUGAAACAUCUGACCUACUUGGAUAUGUCGAAGAAUAGAAUAGAAACUAUUGAGUCAGAUAUUUCUGGAUGUGAAGGCCUCGAGGACCUCCUGCUUUCAUCCAAUAUGCUGCAACAGCUGCCUGACUCCAUAGGAUUAUUGAAAAAACUAACAACACUGAAGGUCGAUGACAACCAGCUAAAUGUUUUGCCCAACACAAUUGGAGGUCUUUCUGUUUUGGAGGAGUUUGACUGCAGCUGUAAUGAACUUGAGACACUUCCCCACACUAUUGGAUACUUGCACAGCCUCCGAACCUUUGCAGCUGAUGAGAACUUCCUGGUAGAAUUGCCCAGAGAGAUUGGAAGUUGUAAAAAUGUGACUGUUAUGUCUUUACGGACAAACAAACUGGAGUGGUUGCCUGAAGAGGUUGGACAGAUGCAAAAACUGAAAGUGUUAAAUUUAAGUGAUAACAGGUUGAAGAAUUUGCCAUUCAGUUUUACUAAACUUAAAGAACUGGCAGCAUUGUGGCUAUCUGAUAACCAGUCCAAGGCUCUAAUCCCUCUGCAAACAGAGUCCAAUCCAGAAACAAAACAGAGAGUGCUGACAAACUACAUGUUUCCUCAGCAGCCACGUAACGAUGAAGUAGAUUUCCCUUCUGACAGCGAUAGCUUCAAUCCAACCUUGUGGGAAGAACAAAGGCAACAGCGUAUGCAAGUUGCUUUUGAGUUUGAAGAGAAGAAAGAAGAUGAGGAAGCUUCUGGCAAUGUCAAGGCUGAAAUAAAUCUUAAGCGCUAUCCUACCCCUUACCCAGAAGACCUAAAAAAUAUGGUGAAAUCUGUUCAGCACUUAGUAGGAAAGCAUAACCAUGAAGGAUCUACUGAAAAUUCAACAGGUGCCACAAGUAUAGAGUAUGCUAUAAAAGAGAAGUAUGAACAUAAGUGGCCAGUGCCAACAAAAGAAGCUACGCUUGAGAGAUCAUUAGGUGAGUCGCCAAAUGAUUUGAGAAUGGGAGAACUGCGACUUGCACUUACCGAAACUCCACUAUUCAAGCCCAAAGCUGUCCUGUUAGGUAAAGAGAAGAAAGAAUCAACAGAUGAAUCAGAGGGUGACAGAAUAAACAACAGUGGCUCCUCAGGUUCCUACUCAGAUUAUUCACCUUCCCAAGCAUCUUCAGGUUCUUCUGCAGCACCGAUUAAAGUCAGCACAUUGCAGACAGCAGUAAAAGAUGGUGUAGCUGCAGCUUCUUGGGGAAACAGGUUAACACAAACAUUUCAACAAAAUAUUGAAGCAAAGCCUUUACUCAGCCAGAGGGAAACAGCAUCGACGGCAAGUCUACAGCAACGUGCCGAGAGACACCCAGUAAAUGACACUUUUUCUGAUAAGUGGAAUGACAACUCACACUAUGAUAAUACAGGUUUUGUCUCAGAAGAAAGCACUUCCAUCUUAGAAAAUCCUAGUGCCAACCCUUUAUUAAGCACAAAAUCAAGGAGCACAUCUGCCCAGGGGCGUAGGCCUUUAAUGAGACAGGACAGAAUUAUAGGUGUUCCACUGGAAUUAGAACAUACAGUACAUAGUGUCAGAAGUACACCUGAAACUGAAGUGCCUCCAAGGAAUCCUUGGCAAAACUGGACCAGAACACCCAGUCCAUUUGAGGACAGAACAGCAUUUCCAUCAAAAUUGGAGUCUACUCCUUUCAGCAGUCCUAUUCCUGACAGAAAAGAUUUGGGAGAGUCAACGCGUGGAAUUCCAGAUUUUUCCGGUACAUUUUCAUCAGGUUCUCCAUGGAGUUUCCUCAAUUCUAGAGAAUCUAGUUUAAGUAGAGGUCAUAUGGACAAAUUCACACACACCUGCAGACCUGAGUCUGCCAAGAGUGCUAUUAUUGUCAGUAAGAGUACAGAGAGACUUGCACCAAUGAUGAGAUCAGUUAAAGCCAGUCAGUUUAAGAAAUCCCAAAGCAUUGAUGAAAUUGACAUUGGGGCCUUCAAGGUUUAUAAUAUACCACUGGACGGUUAUGGUUCCAGCUCAGAAAAUCCUUGUAGCAUUGAUAUAACAGAGCAGAUGCCACCCCAAGAACAAGGAAUGUCACGCAGUCUUUCUGCUCCAAUGUUGGAUGAAGAUUUAUCAGAUGCAUAUGGAAGCAUAAAGAUCUCUCAGAAAAUUCCGAUUACAAAAAGAGUGUACCAUUUUGACCAAAGUUUCAAUCCCCAAGGUGUACUAAGUGUUAAACCUGAGAGACGAGUAACCACCUCUUUUACGCAUAAUGUCGACUAUGGUGUGCAGCAGAACAAGAAUACUUCAAAAGAUGCCAUUAACCCAUGCACCUUCAGAGGCUAUGAACCCAUGGAACACAUGUAUUCAUUCUCACAGGCUACAGUAAAUGAUGAACCUAUGAAUCCUCGGUUUUCAGCACAAGAGGACCGGGUUGGAUUCUUAAGGAGGGGUGACUCUAUGGCAACCUCUACAGAAAUGGCAUUGCAUCGAAGAGCUAAUGAAGCCUCAGAGACCCCCCAAAGUGACAGAUAUGUCAGGACUCACUAUCGAGGGGUUUUAGAACAUCAAAACAGUGCAUCAUUAGUUGAGUCGCAAUAUCACAAAAGAAAUGAAAGGUAUGAUGAAGAUUAUUCAACGUUCCAAGACUUGAAAAAUCAGGGUAGGAAUUUCCAAGAUAAGCCUUUGACUCAAAGGAGGCCUUUGUCUGCGAGGAGCUACAGUACGGAAAGCUAUGGAUUUUCCCAAACCAGACCAGUUUCAGCAAGGCCUACCAUGGCUGCUCUGUUAGAGAAGUUACCUUCUGAUUAUAACAUUGCUAACUACAGCGAAAAGCCUUCAGCGAGCAAUGAUGUAAGAAUCAGGUCCUCACAGUUGAAAGGAGAUGAGAGCACCGCUAAAAUACCUCUAGACUGGAGACAACAACUGCUUAGGCAUAUAGAAGCAAAACGGUUAGAUAGGGCACCAUCACAACAGGGCAAUGUUCAUGACAGUGAACUGGAAGAUAUAUCUCCAACUAGUCAGUGGAAUUCAUAUGCAUUGGGAAGACGGGAUGUGCCACCGGAAAACAUGAUGAAAAAGCUUCCUGAAUCUUUGCCUAAUGGGCUGAAUUACCCACAGGCAGGUAGCCACCCUCAUCAAGGGCAAAGUGCAUUAGGGACUUCACCACAAAGCCUACAGCAUCGAUCCAGGGAGCAACAGUAUGAAGGAGCUGUGUCAAAGGUAACGCUUCAGCAAUAUCAGAAGCCUUUGCAGAUUGCCAUUUCAUCAACGCAGAACGUUCCCAAUGCACGAGCAGCUCAACCCAGCAGAUGUCUAACGAGCAUUAAGCCACAGAAGAGUACAGAAAGUUACCAGGAGCAGUUUUGUGUGAGAAUAGAGAAGAACCCUGGUCUUGGCUUCAGCAUAAGUGGAGGAAUAAGUGGACAAGGGAAUCCAUUCAAGCCAUCUGAUAUGGGAAUCUUUGUUACUAGAGUGCAACCUGACGGACCAGCAUCCAACCUGUUACAGCCUGGAGACAAAAUCCUGAAGGCCAAUGGUCAUAAUUUUAUACACAUGGAACAUGAAAAGGCAGUCUCGCUUCUUAAGAGUUUCCAGAAUACAGUGGAUCUGAUAAUCCAACGUGAGGUUACAACUUAG